ACUAACAUUGUUGUUUUCAUUUUGACGAGCCAAAAUUUUGUGAGCCAAUUUCGUUUUGCCAAAGAACAAGCUGUAUAAAUUGCUACCGCCCAGAAAAUUAGCACAAUUAGAGACCCCCUCCAUUGACAGAAGAGGCGGGUAGAAGUCAAAGUUCACCGGACCAAGUAAAAGCAAAGCGCGGAUAAAGCUGGAAAACAAAGAGGACCCUACAAUUUACCAUUAAUUGGAUUAGCAUUUUCCAAGUGCGACUACAAACCGGGAGCAAAAUUCAUUCGGGUCUGGCCCAGCAACGUGACCGAACCCCAGUGGUCCCCAUCCACGGAAAACCUAAGGACGCGAUACACCCAAGGAUCACACAUUAAGCCUUGAAACUUUAAAAGUUCCUUCAUAUACAAGGUUACCUUUGUUGAGAAUUUCAAGGUAUAGAGCCCCUAAGGUCUGGCCCUGCACCGAGACCGUACAAAAGUGGUCCUCAGCCACGAAAACGUUAUAGAAAGGACACGCUCGGGGAGCACAAUUACCGUUGGCGACCAGAACAACCCAACCAACGGGAAACCAGCAGCAGGACAAUUCAGUCAGGGGACUAGGGAGCCGGAUCAGGAAGAACAACGAAAGCGACAGCGACUCUGGCUUGGUUAUGCCCAUCGCCUGCCCUGGUACGCGGGUCGGGAACUGGGACUCGCGUGCUGCCUGCAGGCGAUCGACACGCUGAGGUUGACUUUUGGUCCGCGUCCGAGGCAACUGGCGCUGGCAAUGUCCCUGCUGGCCUACGCCGGCGAACCGGGCGAUUCCAGCGACACGGAGGCGGAGGCGGACGCCCUCGUCGACUUCACGGCCAUGUUGCGUCAGCGACAGCGGGAGUACGGCGGUUGGUUUGGCAGCGGCAGCAAGAUGCAGGCGGAGGAGCAGUCCGACCAGGGCUACUACCUCGAGCAGUAUGUCCUCGGUGUGCUGGACUUCAGCUCGCAGUAUGGCAUCGACUACAGCAUCUCGUACACGGCGGCCAACGUGAUUGGGCGGCCAACAAAGUAUCCUGCCUACGGCGACUAUCCCGAGACCUUUCCCAUGGUGAGUCGGUCUGGUGCUGGUAGAAACACCCGUUCAGACUUCCCCUUCAACUCUCGCCCGCAGCGCACCUACGGCGACUGGUGGCAGCGGGCUCCGUCAGCCACGCGGGAGAUUCAGCCGCAGAAUCUACCGAAGCUGGCCACUCACGACUAUGUUGUUGUGUACUUUGAGGAGUUUGUCGUGCCGACGGAAGUGGCCAUCUUUGAGACCUUUAAUCCAGGCGCCGUAGUUCGAAUCUGGGCCUACAGCCUCACCAAACACUGGACCUGUCUGUGGGAGGCCACUGAAGAGGAUCUAGCAAGACCGCCGGCAGACUCGCGUCGCUUUGCGCCGCCACUUAAGAAAACCAACUUGAUGACGAAAACGCUGCGCAUAGACUUCAACCACAGCAGGCUGAACUAUUACACAGAAAUCGAUGCCAUAAUGCUGUGCGGUCGCACCGUCUUCCAAGCGCAAAAGCUCAUUGGCAAGGAGAAGCGGAUGCAACAGCGAUCGCAGAGGCAAUCACUUGCGGCGGAAGUUCUUGGACAUUCGCCACCCCACGAAGGCAGUGGUGGAACCAUAAGCAACAAGCUGCGCACGCUGAAUUUCCAACCGAAUGUCGGCGAAGAUGGAGCCACCAAGCUGCACGAGUUCAUCAACAACGAUCUGAGCCAGUUCCUGAUGGAGAAUCGGGUGGAGCCCCCGGCGCCGCCGCAAAUCUGCCUUACUGAUCUGCCUUUCGAGAUCCUCCUGCGCAUACUCAGCUACCUGGACCUGAAGUCCCUGUUUCGCGUGGGCCAGGUGUCGCGCAUCUUCUACGACAUCUCCACGCAUCCGCUGCUCUACGCGGAGCUCAGCUUGAAGCCCUACUGGCAUGUGGCCAGCUCGGAGUUGCUGUGCACCCUGGCCCGUCGGGCAACCAUGUUGCGGAAGCUAGACUUAUCCUGGUGCGGCGGUCUUGGCAACGUUUCGCCCACCGAGUUUAAGAAAUUCCUCACCCAACGCGGCGAUAAUCUUACCCACCUGCGACUAAACUCCUGUAAAUUUCUCAAUGCUAGCUGCAUUGAAAACGUGGGCAUAGUCUGUGAUAAUCUAAUAGAGUUGAGCCUGCGCAACUGCGCUACUGAUCCGCCGCUGCUAAAUUUCUCCUGUCUUGCCAACCUCAAGAAUCUGGAGCGUCUCGAUCUCUUCCAAACGGCCUUUGAAACGGAACUUCUGCUGAGCAUGCUCGAGGGCAAUCGCAAGCUGAAACACCUGAAUUUGGCUUUUUGUGGUGUCUCGGUAAACAUGGAUAAUGUGGCCGCCCAUUUGGCCACCUACAAUACGCAGCUGAUCUCUCUGGAUCUUUGGAAGGCGCAUUUUUUGUCAGCCCGAGGACUCCAGUCGCUGGCGCGCCUUCAUCAGUUGGAGGAGCUCGAUUUGGGCUGGUGCUUAAGGGAAGCAUCUCUCGGAGAUGGCCUGUUCCAGCUGCUGUCCAACUGCCCCAAGCUGAAAAAGCUAUUCUUGUCGGCGGUCCGGGGAACUACCGAACGCGAUCUCAUGCAUAUUGCCGCACUGGGCAAGAAUCUGGAGCAACUUGACCUCAUGGGCAUUCUGAACAUAACGCACGAACGUGUUUAUGACAUUUUGGUUCACUGUCCCAAGCUUCAAUUGCUCGACCUGAGUUUCUGCGAUAAUAUCAUGGAUCGUGAUUUUGAUUUGUUGUCAGAUUGGUCGCGUCAAUUUAACGUGGACAUCAAGAGCAGCCGACAUCACUAGCCCUGAACUGGAAAAUUGGAAAUCGGACAAUGCAGUUUUAAUAGCUAUUAUCCCUGGUACCAUGAUCAUUGUACAUUUAGAUCCUUUUAUGUGUGUCAUUCUGUCUCUCUGUUUAUAGUUAAAUGUUAUCUACGUACUGUUAUAAAUAUAAUACAUUUGAUAUAAA